UGGAGGAGCGACAGAGGAGGAAUUGGUCCUCCAGCAUCCCAGCGUGCAACGCGUCUUGCCUCUGCCUCCCUCCCUGAGCGGCUGGCCGCCAUGUUGGGCUAGUUCUGUGGUCGGUGGCGGUGGUGAGAGACACAGGAAGGCCUUCUCCGCGCUGUCGUCGUCGUUCUCGCCAGGCCCGGAGCCAUGGCAGCCGCCUUGGGGGCAGGAGGUGGAGGAGGAGGAGGCGGCGGUGGCGGCGGCGCAGAUGAUGACUUUGAUCAGUUUGAUAAGCCUGGUGCAGAGAGAUCUUGGAGGAGAAGGACUGGAGAUGAUGACUGGGACAGUGAAUUAGAUGAUGACUUGCUAGGAGAAGAUUUGCUGACUGGCAAAAAGACUCAGUCAGACAUGUCAGAUGAAGAACUGAAUGAUGAUCUCCUACAGAGUGACAAUGAAGAGGAGCAACAUUUCAGUGCGCAAGAUGUUGCCAUUAGUCUUAAUGCUACUUCUGGAAUGGUUACAUCCUUUGAACUGUCUGAGAGAGCCAAUGAUCCUUCAAUUGAGCAAGAUUCAGAAUAUGAACAAGGGGAGGAUGAACUGGGCUAUGACAAGUCAGAAGUGAUUGAAGAAUAUUCUGAGGAGUACACAGAAGAAGGACAACAUGAAGGCCAAGAGACCGAGCUGACAGAAGACCAAAUAGAAUAUGGGGAAGAUCAGGGAGAGGAAGAGAUUUAUAAUGAUGAAGUGUUAGAUCUCGAAAUCAAUGAACCUCUAGAUGAAUUUCCUGAUGAAGAGUAUAUGCAGUCUUAUAGUGAACAGCAAGUCAUUGAACAACAGGAAUACGCUGCUGAAGAGGAGCUGGAAGAGGUUGCUGAUGCUCAGACGCCUCCCAAUGAAUCAGAAGAGCAGGUGGUUAUUGAAAAUUUGGAGCUUCAAGAAGAAACCAAAGAAGAAUCUGAUGAGGAAGAAGAUGAUGAUGAAGAGUCCGGUCGACUCCGUUUUAAAACUGAAAGGAAAGAAGGAACAAUCAUUAGGCUUUCAGAUGUAACAAGAGAACGAAGAAACAUUCCAGAAACUUUAGAGCUUUCAGCUGAAGCCAAGGCAGCAUUACAUGAAUUUGAGGAGCGGGAAAGACAAAUGAAGCAGGGACGCUAUGGCUCACGGAGAGGAGGAAGGCGAGGAGGGCCUUUAAUGUUUCGUGGAAUGGGAGAACAAAGGAGAGACAACAAUGAAAGGGGAAGAAUGAAGGAUCACAGGCCUGCGCUGCUAGCAACUCAGGGAGCUGUUAUGACGCAUUCAGACAGGAUUUUUCGUCAUCAGCAACCCAUUCGGAACCUCUUCCAGCAGCAACAGCAACAGCAGUUACAGGGUCUGCUACCCAUUCCUUCUCAGCAUCACACACCACCCCCUCCCCCUCAAGGGAUUCAUAUGCCACCCCAGCUAGAAACACCAAGAAUACUGAUGACUCCUCCUCCAGUGACAUCCCAGCAGCCAAAAAACAUUCAUAUAAAUCCACAUUUCAAAGGGACAGUAGUCACCCCUGUGCAAGUGCCCUUGUUGCCAGUCCCCGCCCAGCCAAGACCUGCUGUAGGACCCCAGAGAUUUCCAGCCCCUCCAGAUUUUCCGCCGAACCCUCCCGGCCCUGUUCCUACUAACUUCAACCAAGCCCCAAGACUCUCCCUUCAGGAUCAGUGGAGAGGGCCACCACCUCCCCUGCCACCACCUCCGCAGGACAGAGAACCUUUCUUCAUGGGAGAUCCAAGGUUUCCUAGCCAUCCCUUGUUUGAACAGCGGAGUCCACCUCCUCCACCACCUCCUCUCCUCAACAGCACACAUCCUGUUCCUGGCCAAAACCCGCUUGCUUUUGCGCAGCCCGGACCAGGUUUCAACCAGCAGGGGCAACAGCCCAUGUUUCCCAGGGACAGGAUGGUGAGGCCUAACCUUCAGCCACAGGGCCCAGUGGGAGUCCUUCAUUUCAACCAGCCUGGAGCAGCAAAUACUCGGCCUUUCCUUCCUCCUCGACAGCCAUUUGUACAAGUCCCAGGACAGCCAUUCUUGACAGCUCUCACACAGCCCAAUAUGCAGGUACGGUGCUAUAAGGGUCCCUUGCACCCGCCUUUGCCGCAACACCAGCAGCAUCCGCAGCUACCACAGCAGCAUCAGCACCAACAACCGCCUCCGCACCCCCAGCAUCAGCACCAACAACCGCCGCCUCCGCACCCCCAGCAUCAGCAGCAUCAGUCCCACCAGCAGCAGCACCAUCUCCUUGCUGUACCUCCUCAGCCUCUGAUUCCAGUUGCCCCAUCCCAGUUCAGGCCCCACAUGCAAACUGCACAGCAACAGUCAAACAGCAACCGGAUGCAGUGUCAGCAACGGCAAGGUCUGGUAAAGGCCAGGCAUAAUACGCCAACACAAAAUAUCGUAAAGCGUCCAAAUCAGCAGCUCCAAUCACCUGCUCAGAGAAACAGUAACUUGCGUGAACUACCAAUCGCACCUUUGCAUGCAAUUGAAGCUGUGAGCAACCACCGAACUUCAACGCCUGCUGCUCAAGUGAAACCCAUUGCCAGCACCACCCCUGCUGUAAGGCCUGUUCCAGCCAUGAAAAAUGAACAGGGAAGAACUGAAACAAAACCCAAAGCUGUUACUCCUGUAGCACAGCCUAAAGUGGAGGCAAAAUCUGAGCAAGAGCUUCCCGAAGAAGAUGAAGAAACUCGGCUUUACCGCUUGAAGAUAGAGGAGCAGAAGCGUCUAAGGGAAGAGAUCCUUAAACAAAAGGAGCUCAGGCGACAACUUCAGGCUGGGGCUCGAAAAAGAGAGUUGCUCGAAAGACUGGCCCAGCAACAGCAACAGCCGCAGCAGCCGGGUUCUUCAGUACAGCAUCAGGAGGAGGAGACAUCACAGGCACCUGCCAAUGGAAGUCCACUGCUUCCGCUCCCUGGUGCACCACCCCGCCAAAAUGUGAAAUACAGACUGAUGGGUAAAAAACAAGACCCGUUAGUUCCCAGCCCACCCACUGCUCAGCCUAAGCCCACAAAUAUUCUGCAGGCCGGAGAUAACGCACAGUUUCAAGGACAGCAGAUAAAAACAGUGAAGCAGCUCAGACAGACUAGGACGGUGCCUGAAAACGAACUCUCGUCCCCAUAUAAAGGGCUGCAAACCAGAUCUGGUGGAGUGCACUUGAUAAACCCAUCUCAGAUUGCGCGGGUGGCAUCAGUACAAGGCCAACCUCAGGAGCUGAAGCCUGGGAUGAAAAGGACUGUCAUGCAGCGGGCAAACAGUGGUAGUGGAGAUGGGCCCCAUGUCGGCACCAAAGUCAGGGUGAUUAAGUUGUCAGGAGGGGGCGGUGAGAACGUUGGCUUUCCUCACUUGGAAGGGCCUCCCCUCCGGCCCCAGCUGCCCCUAGAACAGAGGCAUCAGCCAGUCCGGAAGGUCACCCUGACCAAGGGGACAGUGCAGCAGCCACACCAGCCUCAUCCUCACCCUCACCCUCAUCCUCACCUUCAUCCUCACCAGCUGGCGCAGAUGCAUUCUACACUUCCUCCUGGGUUGAAAAACAUCCCAGGGAUACAUCAGGCAAAAAAGGUCAUUCCUCACGGGAGAGGCCGAGGCCUGGCAGGCCAGAUGGGCCGAGGACGCUUGAUGCCAAAUAAACAGAACCUGCGAGUGGUAGAGUGCAAGCCUCAGCCCUGCGUUGUGUCAGUUGAAGGGCUUUCUUCGUCAACCACGGAUGUCCAACUGAAAAACCUGCUGAUGUCGGUAGGACCCAUUCAGCACCUGCUUUUGGAACCCCCAAAUCAGAAGUUGGUAAAAGUUUACAGAUGCUUCCUCAGCAACGAAAGGCUAUCGCAAAAUUUAAAGAACCAUCCGAUGCUUUAAAAUUUCAGCAGAGGUUUCACAGGCAUAUGAUAGAUUUGUCCCACAUCAACGUGGCCCUGAUAGUGGAGUGAAGUGUGAACGUGACUGAUCCGCACAUUUCCAGAAGCACGAUAUGGAGGAAGUAACAAGAGUAGGAUCUCUCCCUGUGGUCCCCAGUGCCAGCGUUGCAGUGUCCCUUUCAGACUUCAAACUUCCCUGAACAGCAAUGCUGCAACGAAGGCUGACCGUUCAAGCAUCGAGAACGGAGAGAUUGUCUCUUGGCUUUCUUUUAACUGUUGAACACACACAACCUGCUGGUCUUGAGCAAGAACCUUUCACGCAGGUGUCUUUCUUUCAGACACUGACUCAGAUGAAAAGAACACUAACUUUGAUUUUUUUAAAAAUCUUUCUUCAUAGCAAAGAAUAUUUGAUAAUGGUUGCUCUUAUCUUCCAUGUGAGGUGUUGAAAUGAGAACGCACUUGUAUAUCCCGUUUGUAGCCAAGCAGAUAGGUGCACAUAAUGUAGAAUAAAACAUGGGCGACAUAAUUUAUUGGUAGUUUCCAAGAGACUUGUCAGAGCUGCUUCUCGAAAGCAUUUCCUCCUUGUGGGUUGAGUGCUGUUCUUUGCAACACAAAACUCCUUUAAACUUUCUUGACGUUGUUUUGCAGGAAUAAAUGUGUCAUUUUGACACAACAAGCAUUGAUACCCACCCAGAGACUCUGAAAGGCAAAGCUUUAAGCAUGCUUCGGCUAAACCUUAGAUUGUUUUCUGUAAGAUGGAUCAAGGUGGGAUGGGAUUAAGAACCUGUAAAUGUUCAGGUUUGUUGUAACACUAGUGAGUACCACAGAAAGGGGUGGGCAGUCCAUUCCUGACAUUCUGCUAUAAUCCAUUAACUAUGGCAUCUGUCUUUUGGAUAUACUGUUUUACAUACUUGGUGGCAAAAACUGCGUAAUGGCAGAAGCUGUUUAAUUGUAUUCUAGCGUUAUCCCUCCAAGUUAAAAUUAUGGUUUUUCUACCGUGAGGCAAGGAGCUGGGUUUUAUUUUUUUUUUAAUUAUGUACAGACUUGAAGGAAACUUUGUUUUAUUCUAAGUGUAAUCUGGUCCCAUGUUCUGCUGCUGUCUUUCAGAGUAAGGCCUUUGUUUGUUUAGCGAAAACUCCUUGAUAUCCAUCUUUAUUUGGAUUAUCUGGAGGAUCUUCUCUAAUUAUUUCUAGAAGCACAUUUCAAUGCUAAGCUAACAUAGUGGCACAGUAACACAGUAACAUAAGGUAAUUUUAGAACCGGAUUGCAAUUGUCUUUUUUAAACAAUGUAAAUAGAGUCUAAAAUGUCCACGUCAAAAGCAGGUGGGAGAAUACUGUUCUUUAAGGCCUGCAUUUUUAUGUGUGAUCAAGAGGUGGCAAUGUUUGCAUUUCAGCUAUUUAAAAUCAAACUCAGUAAAGAGUUUUAUAUGUUUUAAAAGCUGCAUUGUUGAUGAAGGUAAAGCUGCGGGUAUAAAGACAUUUUAACUAUUGUGUCAUGUCUGUUAAAGACAGAAUGACCUUCUUGUCCUGCUAGAAAUAUUGUAGGAGUUGCUUAAGGGAUAUAUUGGUGUAAAAAUAUCGUUGUUUUAAAUAUGUUUUUAACAAAUGACUAGUAAACACACCUUCAUCUUAGAAGAGUACCUGGUGUGAAUUGUCUACUGAACUAGAUAACAAACUGGUCAUUGUUUAUAGUGCUUAACUUGACCCCUGGAUUUUGAUUUAGCUUUAGUUUAGGUUUUCCUAUACUCGUAAUUGUUUCAAAAGCUUACAGACAUCAGGUACAGAAAGUUUGAACUAUGGAGAUGACUGUAUUGGGCUCUAAGGCAAUUCUGGUCCUUAAGGACACACUUAACCCUUUCUUAUGUGGUUUCUUUUCAAAACCAUUUGAAGAAGUUGGGCCUUCACCCCAUAGUUAAAGUACAGCUGAUCGAAGCAAGAGCUUUAGAGGCCAGGCUUGAUACAUUGCUUGAUCGAAGCAAGAGCUUUAGAAGCCAGGCUUAGAAGUGAGCAAAGCUUUCUUGAUUUGGUAGGUUUCAAAGCCAAGUUGCUUUCUGAAAGAGGGUAUUUUUUAAUGGUCUCUAAAAUAUUGAGACUACAAUUAUAAUCGGGGCACACUUGACUGACAGGACUUGGAACAGGAUAGAUCAUGUCUGAGCAUUUAACAUAAAUGUGAUGUUUCUAUCCUUUCAAGGUUUAAAACUUCUCUCCAUGGGAAUUAGUCCAUGGCAUAUUUAAACUAGUGAGAUGUGCAUUUGUAUGGUUGAAAUCUAGGAACCUUUCAUCUGGCUCCCAUCUGUUAAAAGUGAUGGGCUGAGCCUAGUUUUUAUAUAACUGUGCACAUAGAUAUUGUGUGUGCUCACCAUUGGGAUAAUGGAACCAGUUUGCAUUGAUGAUGGGGAAUGGAGAGUCCCAGUUACCCCUAAUUAUUUUCCUCUGGAAUAGAGAAACCUCCUCCGGGUUCAGAGCUUUUAAUAUCCGAAAUGAUAAAUGCUGACUUAGAGCAGAGUUUGUUGGCAAGGCUUUUCUUCAUCCACAAUAGACAGUCAAGAGAGGGCGAGGCCCUGCCCUUUGAAACGCAUUUCACUGCCUGUCACCACUCAUUUUUUGUAGAAGAUCUGUUGCAACCAUUAUCUUGUUCUUUCUUUAUCAUGCGUUUAAAAUAGGAUGCAAAUUGCCGGGAUGGCAUUUACUGUAUUAUGUAAAUAUGGGACUUUUAAACAACCUUUAAAUGAAGCUAUUAUUCACUUGCUUACAAUUUAGCUGCAUCAAAGCUUACUGGGUGGGGAGGGGAGGGUAUUGAAUGGAAACAGUUCCAUAAAUGUUCAUUUUUUGUGUAACUCUCCAGUUUUUUUUUUAUAAAGAUGCUAGUAAGUCAAUACAUGUAUCCUGACCUGUGUAUUAUUUGUUCAUAAAGCUUCAGAAGCUGAAACUUGGUAUGAAUAUUUAGCCAGUGAAUACUGGAAGCUGAACAUUUUUUAUUCUUUUUUAUAUAUAUUUUGCCUCUUAGAUAAACUUUUAUUUAAUUUUGCAUCAUUUCUUAGUUUACCUUAACUUUGAUGUUCUUUCUAAAGGAAACUAGGACCUAAGUUAUGUGCAAUAACAGAGUAUUCAUCAUGGCUUUAUAGUUAAAAGGACAAAUGGGCAGUAGAGUAUCUGUUGCUUUAGAGAUUUGCUUUAAUAUUUAAGUUUAAUAAGGGACCUUUUGGAGGCUUGGACAUGGUUUGGUCAUUUUAUGAGAUGUACAGAUCCACAGGAUAAGACUUCUGUUAACAACAGUAGUUUUCUUUCUACUCAUGGUUUAGGCUUUCUGCUCAUGGUUUAGGCCAUCACAAGGAUUUGUGGCACUUCUAUAUCAGUAUUGUUUAGUAGUCCUUCAAACUAUCAAAAGCUUGUUAAAAUAUUGAUAAUGAAGAAGAGGUAUUUGAAUGAAGUAAGUUUAUAAAUAUCAGAAAUGCCAUUUAACAUACGUUUGUAAUAACAGCAAAAUGUUGCAAUUAAACUGGGAGGCAAAGACAA